CAACCAGCGGAAAGGAACUGCGCCUGCGUUUGGGCCGUCGCUCCCGGCGUGCAUUGUGGGAGCUGUAGUUCAUAUGGUUGAGUUGCAACCCGGGUUAGACGAUGCUGCCUGGCCUCCUGCAUUUUGUGUGUGAAGCUUAGAGAUGGAAUGGUUCAUGGAAGGGUCUGACCAAAGAGGAAGUUAGGUUGGAAUAAUGUGGGAAGAAGGAAUACCUUGAAAAAUGGAAACAAGGUGUUAUGAUUGGAUAUGGCUGAAGACGACUGAAAUCACUAAUUCCAUGAAGCUGGUUUUCCUCAUUUCUGGAAGAGCAGAAAAGACGUGAUUGGACGGAGGUAGCAGCUGCUAGACUGGAGCUCUGCCAUGCCGUUUCAGAUGCUCUAGUAAAUCUAGUUCCUUAAGUGAAACUGUAGGCUACAAAAUUUCUCUUUCCUGGAAUUACAAGUGGCACGCCUCAACAUGGCUCCUCGGGACAUAAUGACGAACUCUCAUGCCAAGUCCAUUCUUAACACGAUGAACUCCUUGAGGAAGAGUAACACCUUGUGUGACGUCACACUGCGAGUUGACAGCAAGGACUUUCCUGUGCAUCGUAUUGUCCUGGCAGCGUGCAGUGAUUACUUCUGUGCCAUGUUCACUAGUGAGCUUUCAGAGAAGAGUAAACCUGAUGUUGAUAUCCAGGGCCUGACAGCCUCCACCAUGGAGAUUCUACUAGACUUUGUGUACACAGAAACGGUUCAUGUUACCGUGGAGAAUGUCCAGGAACUACUUCCUGCAGCUUGCCUCCUCCAGCUGAAAGGUGUGAAGCAGGCUUGCUGUGAAUUCUUGGAGAGUCAGUUAGACCCAUCCAACUGCUUGGGAAUCCAAGAGUUUGCCGAAACUCACAGCUGUGUGGAUCUGAUGCAGGCUGCAGAAGUGUUCAGCCAGAAGAACUUUCCAGAAGUAGUGCAGCAUGAAGAAUUCAUGCUUCUAAAUAAGGAGGAAGUGGAAAAACUCAUCAGGUGUGAUGAGAUUCAGGUGGAUUCGGAAGAACCUGUGUUUGAAGCAGUAAUAAACUGGGUAAAACACUCUAAGAAGGAACGAGAAGACUUCCUACCAGAUCUGCUGCAAUAUGUAAGGAUGCCACUGCUCACACCAAGAUAUAUCACGGAUAUUAUUGAUGCUGAGCCUCUGAUUCGAUGCAGCCUUCAGUGUCGAGAUCUAGUGGAUGAAGCCAAGAAGUUUCACUUGAGGCCAGAAAUUCGAACACAGAUGCAAAGUCCCCGAACCAGGCCAAGGCUAGGAGCCAAUGAAGUAUUAUUAGUGAUCGGAGGGUUUGGAAGCCAGCAGUCUCCUAUUGAUGUGGUGGAGAAGUACAAUCCAAAGUCUCAAGAGUGGAGUUUCCUGUCGAGCAUCACCAGGAAACGCAGAUAUGUGGCCACGGUGUCGUUGAAUGAUCGGAUAUAUGUGAUUGGUGGAUAUGAUGGUCGAUCUCGACUUAGCUCAGUAGAAUGUCUGGACUACACAUCUGAUGAGGAUGGAGUCUGGUACUCAGUUGCCCCAAUGAAUGUGCGCCGAGGCCUAGCAGGAGCCACAACACUCGGAGAUAUGAUCUAUGUAGCAGGUGGCUUUGAUGGGAGCAGACGACACACUAGUAUGGAGAGGUACGACCCAAACAUUGAUCAGUGGAGCAUGCUGGGGGACAUGCAGACAGCAAGAGAAGGGGCUGGUCUUGUUGUGGCGAAUGGAAUCAUCUACUGUCUUGGAGGAUAUGAUGGGAUUAACAUUCUGAGCUCUGUGGAGAGAUAUGACCCACACACUGGACACUGGACACAUGUCACACCAAUGGCUACCAAGCGCUCAGGAGCUGGGGUGGCUCUGCUGAAUGACCAUAUUUACGUGGUUGGUGGCUUUGAUGGAACGGCUCAUCUUGCAUCGGUUGAAGCAUAUAACAUUCGCACAGACUCGUGGGUGAUGAUAACUAACAUGACAACACCUCGAUGCUACGUGGGAGCAGCAGUACUUCGUGGGAGAUUAUAUGCAAUUGCUGGGUAUGACGGGAAUUCUUUGCUGAGCAGUAUCGAGUACUAUGACCCAGUUAUUGACAGCUGGGAUAUAGUAACUUCAAUGGGAACUCAACGCUGUGAUGCUGGUGUGUGCGUGCUACGGGAGAAGUGAAAAACCAAGCAAGAAUAAGGAGAGUCACGGAGAAGAACUGAAUCUCAGCAACGUUUCAUUUCAGUUGUGUUGUUUGUCUCUAAGUGCAAUAUUUGGACUUAAAUGUAAAUCCAUCCAUAAGUAAGCAGUAGUUUGCACAGAAAAGUAGUUCUGUGGUCCUAGAUUAAACUGCAAGAAUUGGAAAAUUUUGACAUAGUAGAUAACAGAAUUUUUUAUACAAAUCAGAGAGAUCAGUUACCACUACACAAAGAGUAUCAAGGGCAGGAAAGACCUGUGUUUACUGCUUGUGCAAAUGUGAAGUAUGACAUUCUAAUGUCUACAGAUCACUGCUCGUGCUUAAUAUUUAUAGUUAUAAUCAUGCUCAAAUCUUCAGUGAGAGCACAGAAACAGAUCAUAAGGUUCAUGUUUCCAAGACUGCUGCGGCAUCUUAUUUAUAUUAGUGACUUCUCAGUCCUGAGCACUACUGAAACACAUUAUACACACUUGCCAAUGGCAGCCCUUUCUUACUAAUUGUUUUAACUAAUUUAUACCUGUAAAAGAAAUGACAAAUUUAAUACAUAACCUUUGUACUUUUGUAAAGAUGUUAAAUUCUGCUGUAGAUUUUCAUUUAUUACUUGUGAAACAGCUUGACUGUAUAUAAGGCACUAGCAUAUUUCACCAGCAGGGUUACCUUCAGAGAAGACGUGAAUUUGGAAUCCCACAACAUUUCUCUUGUAUCACCUUACCUGCACUCAAGGAUAUCGUGGGGUAUCUAACCUGCCUAGUUCAGCUAUUAUUUUGCAACACCUCAUUCCACAAUGGAAUUAGUUCUCCCCAAUUUUGUGAUAUUACAAGAUAAAAUGUCAAAAUAUAAGCAGUCAUGAUGUAGCAAUCUUAAACAACCCUGAUUGAAAUCUUUUCACAUUCCUUCCCUAUAUUCAUCUAGUUUUACCUUAAAUGUAUCUAUGAUGUUUACCUCCAGCAUUUUGUGUGUUUUGAAUGGAUUUACAGCAUCUGCAGAUUUUCUCGUUUGUACAUAAAUGUUCUCUAUUUGCCUGGU